CCAAAGGCAGGCUCUAAACCGCUGCGCCACCCAGGGACCCCAAUUUUAUCCCAUACUAUAGCCAAAGGGGGAAAGGCUGAAAUUAAAAUGCAUUUUUUUUAAGGACAAUUUUGGCGCUGACUUCCAAAAUUCCAGGUCCGAUUCCCUUUCACUGGCGAAAUCUUAACGUUUUGGUUGAGAACAGUAGACAGGGUGGAGGAAAGUAGUUUUUUUCCUAUAAAAAUAGGGAAUAUGACUAAAAUCAUUAGUAUGGAAAACGAAGCCGUUUGGGAGACCAUAGGACUCCAAUGAGGAUUGGAUUAAGAACCAAUCAGGUUACUUCCUCGACAGUUGUGACCAAUCAGGAGGGGAUUGUCCGUAUAAAGUCUGGUCCCGGCAGCAACUCUCCAGUUGCCGGUUUUCGCAGUACAAGCACCAGCCCAUGGCUCGCACGAAGCAGACGGCGCGCAAGUCGACGGGCGGCAAGGCCCCGCGCAAGCAGCUGGCCACCAAGGCGGCCCGCAAGAGCGCGCCGGCCACCGGCGGCGUCAAGAAGCCGCACCGCUACCGGCCCGGCACGGUGGCCCUGCGCGAGAUCCGGCGCUACCAGAAGUCCACGGAGCUGCUGAUCCGCAAGCUGCCGUUCCAGCGCCUGGUGCGCGAGAUCGCGCAGGACUUCAAGACCGACCUGCGCUUCCAGAGCUCGGCCGUCAUGGCGCUGCAGGAGGCGUGCGAGGCCUACCUGGUGGGGCUCUUCGAGGACACCAACCUCUGCGCCAUCCACGCCAAGCGCGUCACCAUCAUGCCCAAGGACAUCCAGCUGGCGCGCCGCAUCCGCGGGGAGAGGGCGUAAACGGUCUUUCCAAAGCUUGUCCCUCCCAAAGGCUCUUUUCAGAGCCACUUUCAUUUUCACCGAGAGCGGCUGUUGUACUCCUGGGCUGGGUGUUCCUUGAAGUGCGAACCUAGUGAAAGGUCCUGCGAGCGCCACCGGAGCGCUGUAACCUGGUCUUCAGCAACCACCGCAUCCUGUUUCCUGUAUGUAGAACUUGUCAUUUGGGAAGGCCACGCCUUGUCUCUAUACGUUAACUACUAUGGAAGCAGUUGCCGAAUAGCUAGUUUUUAACGGCUACAGUCUGCAGACUUCUC